UUGAAUUGCUUUCUCAAACCCACGCACAAAUUUUCUACUGAUCUUAUUUUCUCGCAUUGAUACUCUAUCAAAUUUUGGCGACUUGAACCAGCAAGGCGUGAAGAAAAACAAACCAGGAUCAGUAACAAGCUCUGGAAAUUCGCACGCUUAAAGGUUUCUACUAACGCUCCGGUUAUUGAUAAUCUACUUCCUUUUUAUAGGCAGGUACUUUCUCUGAUUGGCUAUAGCUGACAAAUGCAUCUUGUUGAAUUGUUUGUUUCUGUUUUCCCUUUUCUUACUCUCUUCUUCUAUUUAUCUCAUUCUGAAAAAUGUCCACUGUAUCAAAACUAACUCAAUUCGGUAAAAGACAUAUCGCCAAAGGUAUCGGUAGAUCAACCGAACUAGUUAUUGAAAAAGCCAAAGGCACCUACGUGUAUACUACUGAGGGCAAGAAAUACCUCGACCUUACCACUGGUAUUGGCGUCACCAACACAGGCCACUGCCAUCCUACCGUCGUCAAAGCAGUCCAAGAACAAGCUGCCAACCUCUCACAUGGUCAGGUGAACAUCUUUUAUCAGAAGCCCAUGCUCGACCUUAUUGAGGGAUUGAUCCCCAAGAUGCCUUCAUCAAAGUUGGACACUUUCUUCUUUUGGAACUCUGGUUCCGAAGCCGUCGAAGCAGCUGUUAAAGUUGCCCGUCAUGCCACCAAGAAGCAGAAUAUUAUUGUUUUCCAAGGCUCCUAUCACGGCCGUACUUUCGGUACGAUGGCAUUGACUACUUCCAAAACUGUUUAUAGUGCUGGUUACGCUCCAUUAAUGCCCGGUGUUCAUGUCGCUCCUUAUCCUUACUUCCAACAAUGGUCUGCUCAUAAAGCUGAUCCCGAAAGAUUCACUCCUGAGUGGUGUGGCGAGGAAGCUCUUCAUCAACUCGAGCUCUUAUUGAAACAACGCUCUGAUCCCAAAGAUACUGCAGCUAUUUUGAUUGAGCCUGUUCAAGGUGAAGGUGGUUAUGUUGUUCCCCCCAAGAACUUUUUGACUGGACUCAGAAAGAUCUGUGAUAAGCAUGACAUUUUAUUGAUCUGUGAUGAAGUACAAUCUGGUUUUGGUCGUACUGGUAAGAUGUUUGCCGUCGAACACUUCGGUGUUGAGCCCGAUAUUUUAGUUAUGGCUAAGGGUAUCGCAUCUGGCUAUCCUCUGUCUGCCAUUGUCUCACGAAAGGAAAUCAUGGAUCAACAGCCUCCAGGCUCUAUGGGUGGUACCUAUUCCGGUAAUGCCAUUGCUUGUGCUGCUGCUAAAGCUACUUUACAAAUUUUUGAAGAAGAAAAGCUCUUGGACAACUGUAACGCUCGCUCUGAACAAUUUUUCAAGGGUUUGAGAGAAAAGAUUCCUUCUCUGUUACCUGAAGGUGUCACUGUAGACAUCCGUGGUAAAGGCUUAAUGAUUGGUAUUGAAUUUAUGGGUGUUCCAUAUGGUUUUGCCAACAGCGUUGCCAAUGAAGCUCUCAAAUUGGAUACUAUUGUGCUUACUACUUCCAUUUACGAAACUUUACGUUUAAUCCCUCCACUUACUAUCACAAAAGAAGAGACUGAUCUGGCAGUUGAGAAGGUCGUUGAAAGUAUCGCUGCUGCCGUUAAAAAUCUUUAAGUUGAACCAUGAUUCAUAAUGCUGUAACAUAAACAUUUUCCCCCUUUACCCUGUAACAUUUAUAUCUAGACAAAAUAAAACAAUGGACUGCAUAGCUUUAUGAAAACGUAUUUAAGACACCCUUAACAAAUACUGCCGAUCAAAAAA